AUGCCACCGAUGCCUCGUGGUGGUAAACGUAUGGCCUGCAACGUUUGUCGUCAAAAGAAGAGGAAAUGCAACCUUUCAUCUGGCCUCGGAGAGAGAAAAGAACCAUGCUCAAGGUGUGCUAGGUUAGAAAUCCAAUGUUCCGUUGAAAGUCCGAAUGACACCGGCACGUACAAGCGCCAACGCUUAGAGCACACGACCCCGGACACUUCGCCAGGCGAGAGCCUCAUUUCUGACGAAACGACUCCGUCAAGCACGCUGCUUUGGCCCCAAUUCAAUGGCGUUUCGACCACCGUGGCGCUUCGCGCAGACCCUGACACUGUCAUGGAGGGCCGUUUUUCUUCUCCACCUUCGUCGCCAAGAGACACUGCUGCCAGCUCUCCACUGGAUGACGGGCUAAGAACUCCAUUCUCAGCCAAAUCAUUUGGACUAAGCAUGGAAGGAUCAUUUCUCCUCCAGAAUAUCUUCCUCGGGGACCCUCCACUACGAUCUCCGGACAGGGAGCUACUCGCUGCGUCUCGCUCAGAACCCCGCUCCCAUUCACCGGCUCCGGAAAGAUCGACAUCUACCAUAGGGCUUCCCGAGUUGUUUAUCAGGUCCGAUGCUUUUCGCUCAGCGGGCCGCCAUCUUUAUCACUCUGCCUUAGAGGGGUUGAGCUGCGGCAAUCCAUCUUUUCAUGAAAAUCUCUUGAAGGCAUGCAACCUCGACAUGAGGGAAUUCAAUGAGGCGCUCCAUGCGUAUUUUGAUUUUCCGGCCCUUUGCCGUCCCUUCAUUCCAGAGGAUGCAUUUUGGCAAGACUUCCAUGCAGACCGAUGUGGCUAUUCUCUUCUCACAGCCAUUGCCUGCUGUGGUAUCCCUUUUACAAAAGUGAAAAAUAAGUGGAACAAGCAGCGGCUCCUCGCCGGCAUGUUUAGAAAAGAACUAAUGAAGACUAUGACCGCCACACCUCAUAAUCGUCCGAUCCGCCUGGACGAACUUGAGGCUAUGGCUCUUAUGGUCGAUUCUGAAUAUGACAAUGCACGCAAAACCGCGGACCCCCUUUGGAAACUAUUCAUGACGCACGACGCCCUCGUCUUGAAAACUUUGCAGUCUCGAAAUCGCGGACCCAGGGGGACAGAUCCUUCGGCACUAUUUACACAGGCUGAUGAGCGCUUCACGCUUCUCUAUUGGGAGGUCUAUUGUCUAGAUGCUUUUCAAUCUCUCAAUCACAAGGCCAUAUCUCUUAUUCCAGACAACGCGUUGGCGCUAGACCAGAAUCCUCUAAGAUAUGGAGUUCAAAGCUAUCUUGAUGCCGUUCUCAGCUUGUCAAUUAUUGCGCGACAAAUCGCCAGGAAACUGUGUAACACCACGGUGAAAACCACUGGUAUUGCUUACGAGGACAUCACCAUGCUCCAUGAACAGCUUUUUCGCUGGCGCAACUACAGUCUGCCCUCUGAGCUGCGAGUAUCGAUUGAUGCAGGGGAUGAAUUCAUUGCAGAGACCCGUACUCGUCGGGGACCGACUCCCAUCCCAGCCAGCAGAGUGAUUCGCCUUCAACGGGCAAUUCUACGGGCACUCGAGAUCAAGUGUUAUUUACAGAUUGAUGACUGUGUUGUACAGUUUGGCCUGAAAGAUGGAAAUGCAUUUCAUGCGGAAAUAAUCGCUGCCAAAUGUCUGGAGGUUGUUCUCGAAGCACUUAAUCUGGCUGAAUCAAUCAAAGAGCAACCUCCUGGGGACACAGAUUCGAAGGAAAAGCCGUUGAUUGAUUGUGCACCGUCUUUACUACGAAACAUCUGCGCUGACUUGUGUUGCUGGGUUUGUUCGCGUGGCAAACGACCCUCGGAGUCAUACGAACCGAACCGUCCAGGCCUUCGUUCCGUAUCUCCUGGAGAGGCUCUUCGAGCUUCCAGCGAAGACUUUCAUAUACAACGGAAGGCAGAUUAUGUCGCAAUAGCGAAUAGGCUUCGGGAUUCUGUAGCCGCAGCUUCGUCUCACAGAGAAACGGGGCAAAUGGUUGGGCGCCUCGAUGGUAUGAUCGCCACUUUACGGGGCCCCUGA